AACAAAUACUAGUACAUUAUAUCUCUCUCUUCCCGGCACAAUGUUGAGGUUCGCCGGACUGUUACUGCUACUUUGUGCAACCUGCCAUCUCGUCUCAUCCCUCACUGACGGAUUAUUACCCAAUGGCAACUUCGAAUUCGGCCCCAAACCAUCGCAAAUGAAUGGCACCAACGUGGUAGACCGCAAUGGCAUACCGAAUUGGGAGAUUUCAGGGUUCAUCGAAUACAUCAGAUCGGGUCACAAACAAGGAGACAUGUUGCUAGUAGUCCCCGAAGGAGCCUUUGCGGUGAGGCUUGGGAACGAGGCGUCAAUAAAGCAGAAGGUGAAGGUCAUAAAUGGAAUGUUUUAUUCCCUCACAUUCAGUGCAGCUCGGACCUGUGCACAAGAGGAGCAGCUAAACAUAUCGGUGUCACCGAAUUCAGAGCCUAAGGAUUGGGGCAUGCUACCAAUGCAGACAAUGUAUAGCAGUGAUGGUUGGGAUUCGUAUUCAUGGGGCUUCUUGGCUGAGUCCAAAGAAAUAGAGAUUAUGAUCCAUAACCCAGGUGUUGAGGAAGAUCCAGCUUGCGGCCCACUUAUUGAUUCCGUCGCAUUGAAGGCUUUGAAUCCUCCAAAACGAACCAGAGUCAACUUGUUGAAGAACGGGAAUUUUGAAGAAGGUCCAUAUUUGUUCCCCAACACAUCUUGGGGUGUCCUAAUACCCCCCAACAUCGAGGAUGACCAUUCUCCGUUACCGGGGUGGAUGAUCGAGUCUCUCAAGGCCGUGAAAUACAUUGAUUCGGAGCACUUUGCCGUGCCAAAGGACAAGCGAGCAGUGGAGCUCGUUGCAGGAAAAGAGAGUGCCAUUGCACAGGUGGUCAAGACGGUCCCCGGCAAGGUCUAUGACCUCACAUUUGCGGUGGGCGACGCUAGCAAUUCAUGUGAGGGGUCCAUGGUGGUCGAGGCAUUUGCUGGCACGGUCACACUUCAUGUCCCUUAUGAAUCAAAGGGCAAAGGUGGGUUCAAGAGUGCCAAGCUUCGGUUCAAAGCAGUGUCGAACCGGACCAGGGUCAGGUUCCUAAGCACAUUUUACACCAUGAAGAGCGACAACUCUGGCUCAUUAUGUGGUCCAGUGAUUGAUGAUGUGAAAUUGGUUAGUGUUCGUAACCUACGACAUGCAUGAUCAACAUAAUUUAUGCCACUAUAUCUAUGUGGUGUUGGAUUACUUAUGCAGAUCAAUAUCUGAUUUGAUCUAUGUAUUAAUUGGUACAAGAAGCUUAGAUUUGUGUUGAUGUUCAUUAAUGUAUCUAUAGGUUUUUAAGGAGUGGAAUGAGCAAUCCAAAUUACUUCACAAUAA